UAUCUUUAAAGAUACGAGACUUGUAUAGAUUGCUACUGGAUAGCACGUACGUACAUGGAAACCGGUAACAAGGUUAGUCUGUCGGAGGCACUUCACACGGACAGUCAUGUCAACAAAAGUCGCGGUUGUGACCGGUUCUAACAAAGGCAUCGGCCUUAGUAUUGUCAAAGGUCUGUGCAAGCGAUUUGACGGAGUUGUUUAUUUAACAUCGAGAGAUGAAAACCGAGGAAAAGCUGCAGUUGAAAGUUUAAAUGCAGACGGGCUAUUUCCGGAAUUUCACCAACUAGACGUGGCGGACAGAAAAAGUGUCGAGCGGUUCAGAGACCACUUAAAAUCCAAAUAUGGAGAAAUUGAUAUUUUAAUUAACAACGCUGGUAUUUCUGGUGGCUUCAACUAUGAGGAUUAUGAGGAAUGCAAAUCGAUAAUAAGUAUCAAUUUUAAUAGUAUAUUAAUAUUGGAAGACCUAAUUUUUCCAUUGGUAAGAGAUAAUGGUCGAAUCCUCAACAUCUCCAGUGACUGCGGGCAUCUUUCAAAUAUAAGAAAUAAAUAUUGGGUUGAAAAACUAUCCAGGAAAGAUUUAAAAAUAGAUGACAUUCGAAAGUUUGUUGAUUGGUUUCUUCAAAGUGUUAAAGACAAAACGUAUAAUAAAGAAGACAUUGCAGACGGCGGGACAGUGGCAGCUUACAGAGUAGCGAAAGUGGCGCUGAGUGCUGCCACCAUCGUCCAGCAGAGGGAACUCGAUAAAAGGAACAUUUCUAUAAACUCGAUGCACCCCGGAUUAGUUCGCACGGAUAUGACGACUGGUAUUGGAUUCUACAGUCCUGACGAUGCCGCCAAGACCCCUAUUUACUUAGUGCUAGAUGCUCCCGCAAGUCUCAAAGGUGCUUACGUUUGGCACGACGGCAAAGUGCUGGACUGGUAUGAUUACAAUGCUGAUUAUUAUUUCAAGGUAUCAACUAUUUUAGAUCAUGUACAAAAAUAGAUGCACAGACAAACUGUAAUAAAUGUUAUUGAAAUAACAAA